AUGAGUUAUAAUAAUCCAUACGAAGAAGAAAACCCAUACGCUUCAGAAAGUUAUGCAAUGGAUGGGAAUCCAACUAAUUCACAAUUACAAAAUAACUCUAGUAUGCAAGGUGAUUUUGUACAAUUUAUGAAUAAAAUUAAUGAAAUCAAUGAAAAUUUAGAUAAAUAUGAAAGAAUUAUUAAUAAUAUCGAUUCAUUACAUAAGAAUUUAUUGACUCAAGUUAGUGAAGAACAUGAAAUGGAAAUUAGACAUCAAUUAGAUAAUUUAAUUUCACAAGCUUCAAAUUUACAAUAUCAAUUAAAGACAGAUAUUAAAUUGGCUCAACAAGAUGGUUUACAUGAUUCAAAUAAACAAGCUCAAGCAGAAAAUUCAAGACAGAGAUUUUUAAAAUUAAUUCAAGAUUAUAGAAUUAUUGAUUCAAAUUAUAAAGAAGAAAAUAAAGAACAAGCAAAAAGACAAUAUAAAAUCGUUCAACCUGAAGCAACUGAUGAUGAAGUUGAAGCUGCAAUUAGUGAUGUUGGUGGUCAACAAAUUUUUUCACAAGCUUUAUUAAAUGCUAAUAGACGUGGUGAAGCAAAGACUGCAUUAGCUGAAGUCCAAGCAAGACAUCAAGAAUUAUUAAAAUUAGAAAAGACAAUGGCUGAACUAACUCAAUUAUUUAAUGAUAUGGAACAAUUAGUUAUUGAACAAGAAGAAAAUAUUGAAGUUAUUGAUAAAAAUGUUGAAAAUGCACAACAAGAUGUCGAACAAGGUGUCGGUCAUACUAAUAAAGCUGUUAAAAGUGCUAAAAGAGCAAGAAGAAAUAAAAUUAGAUGUUAUGCUAUUUUAUUCUUGAUUUUCGCUAUUGUUGUUGUUGUUGUAGUUGUACCAUCUGUUGUUGUCACUAGACGUAAUUGA